GACCGGAAACUGGUCGACACCACCGUGAGCUUCGCACAAGCGGAAGAAACACAGUGACGCAAUAGCAAGUCCGUGUUGAUUAUCGAUUUAUCGAUUAAUCGGUUAAACACCAAUCGGCCUCUCGGUGUCCGUCCGCGCGACAAAGAACCGGUGUGACGAACCGGGUGAAGAACCACCGGAUAAAGAACCGGAAACGGGACUUUGUAACUUCCGCUCCGCUCUUCGCUCGAGGCCUCGCGGAUUCAGGCUCGUUUUUUACCCCGGACCGGGUUCAGGACCGGUUCUAGGAAUGGGAGCCCACCGCAGCGAGGGGGGCCGGGACUGGCUGGUUCCGGACGGGCCGGAGCAGACGGAGCAGAGCCCGAAGCCGUGGAACUUGAUGAUCAAACACAGACAGAUACACAGACGAGGACGCCGCUCACACAUGGCAGUCAGCUACACUGAUCCUCAGGUGUCCAUGGACCUGUUGAGGGCCGUGCUUCAGCCCAGCUUCAACGAGGAAAUCAUGGCUGUGUUCAGGAAGUACCACAAGUUCUUUGAGAAAGCGGCGGAGAACGUGAAGGAGAACGCCGGUGACGACGUUCAGACCGACCAGCUGAUCAGAGAGGCCUGUAGGAACGUUCUGGAACACGCCAAACAGCUGUUUCCAGAGGCGGAGGUGAAUAGGGCAAGGUCAGAGGUCGCCAUCAAGAGGUCCAGACCCGCUGCUGAUGAAGACUACAGUCAGAGAGGAAGCCCCGUCCCCAAGAAGAGAAGGGCUCGUCCAGGUGCGGUGGCGGCCUCCGAUCGACCUCACACCUUCUCCACGCAAGUGAAGCUCAAGUCGGAGCCGAUCAAGAGAGAAGGACCGAAGUGGGAGCCAUCCAGACUGAAUGAAAGCAGCACAUUCGUUCUCGGCUCCAGAGCCAACAAGGCGCUGGGGAUGGGCGGGACCAGAGGACGCAUCUACAUCAAACACGCCGAUCUGUUUAAGUAUGCAGCGGAUGCCAAGGAUAAGCAGUGGCUGGCAGAGAGACACCACAUGAGAGCCACGGGAGGGAAGAUGGCCUACCUGCUGAUUGAGGAGGACAUUCAGGAUCUGUCUCGCAGCGACGAGUACAAGGACUGUGCAGACGUCAAGAUGGACGAGUUGAAGCCGUUCUCAGUUCCUCUGUGGAUAGUGGAGAAGAUGCAGAGAGCCAUGGAGGCUCAGAGAGACGCCGACCCCUGAAGCUGACCCCCAUCAAAUGCCCCCCCCCCCCCCCCCCUCAGUGAUCAUGUUGUUCUUGUUAAUGCCGUUUAAAAAAAAAAUGAAAUAAAAGACAAACCCUGCA